AUACACCUACAUGCGUCAUCCUAAUUUUUAUUUUUACAUAUAUAGACCAAAGGUCAUGAGUAAUAUUUUUUAACUGAACCCUUAAAAUUAAAUCAUGCUGAAGAUGUUGAGGUGUGAUACAAUGUACGUGACCAUUUUAUUGGAUAUCAAUAUUGCUGUGGAUUGGCUAUGGGUAAAUAAUACCAUAAUUUUCAAUGUCUCUUUUCACACACAUCACAAUUACGCCUUGCAUUCAUUUACAUAGAAUCCCGUACGUGAUAUGCUCAUACAUACGCCACACAAUUAAGUACGUAGAAAAUGCUGCAUAUUGCACAACAAUGCCCAAACUGGUCAAGUACCUUACCUUGUAUUUCAUUGUUAUGCGUGGAAAUAAAUAGAUUGGUAUUAGAGAGACUAAAAAGGCGAAAUUGAAUGUGAGAUAAUUUACGCGUUUUCACAACAAACAAAACAUUGUCAGAGUCCACGUUUGAGACAAAAGUGAUUACAAUCAUCGCCAAGCACCUCAGUUCAAUUUUUGUAUUCCGUUCGGAUUCAGGUUUAUCUACCAGUAAUUUGUCUUGUCCGUAUAAAAUGGCUUAACGGUUCAGUAAAUUCUACCCUCCAGAGUUGACUUAUUUCUUAUUUCUAAAUUAUUAAAUAUUCGUCGUGAAAUAGUGAAAAAUAAAUAUGAAAGCUUUAAGGAAAGUUUGUCGUGGUGGAGUUUUAUUAAGUUGUUGUCUUAUUCAGUCAGUAUUAAUCAGGGUGGAUGCGUUGCCUCAAUGGGUGUGGAACAAAGAGGUGGUUGACAGCAACAGGGUCGGUGGAACUAGUCAAACGUUCUUUUCUGAACAGUCUUCUAAAUUUCCAAUCUCUUCUGAACCCGAUCCUCCAAAAUCCAACAUAAGGAUUGUGGAUGGAACUCCACGCCUAAUUCCAAGUGUUAUAAGUGCAGUAUCUAAUUCUCUUCAAGGUGGAGGCGGAGGGGGUGGAAACGGAAUUGGUGGCUUGUUUGGAGCAGUCCUUCAAUCUAUUCCUCAGUUGGCAACACAAGCAAUUGGUGGAAUUUUAAGUAAUCGACCAACAAUAACCCUUCCUGGCAAAGCCCCUGACUAUGAUUCUGGAUCUGGUGGGAAUUCGGGGGGAUCAGGGUCAGAUUCGUCAAAUUCGCAAGGAACUGGGUCAUGUAAAUGCAUUGAUGCUGGAUCAUGUUUCUUGCCAAGCAAAGCCGGGGGAAGCUGCGGAGGUGGACGAGUGCAAUGCUGUUCUGGAACACGAACAGUGUUCCCUGAUGAAAGUAGCUCAUUCUUAUCCGGUACAAAAACCACGAGAAAUGAACGAACUGUCACCCAACGUGAAAUUCGUCGUGGACUUUUACAACAAAUAUUGAAAGGUUCAGGAUCUUUAGUGGAUGACACAUUGGAUCUGAUUCUUACUCCCUAUUUGUCAAAAGAUGAUCAGCAAAGAAUUGCCACCCGGGUUGUCGCCGACGAGUAAAAAAUGGUGCAUUUUAAAGCUUAUUUAAUAUUAUAAAUACUAUUUAAAAGAAACAGACUUGUUCAAGAAAAGUAAUAAUGUGUCCUACACUUUUGUGAGUCUUUUUCUUGUUAUUCUGUUGUCGUGUACUGAUGAAUUCUUAUGGGCACAAAAACUCGAUAGAAAAACGUUUACCAACAGAAGCGAUACAUUUAUCAUGUUGACAUUUAUCUAUUCUAAUUAAUGUCCAAACUUCCACGGUUGAUGGUCAAUUAAACUUGAGACUUUUCACAAAAACAAUCAUUUCUUUCACUUUCACGUAUUAAAACUUCUCAGUAACUUAGAAUGUGAGAAAUGUGGUUCAUUUUGUGAUGAUGAGAUAUGUAGUAUCAGAUAUGUACUUUAGAGAUGCAAUUAAAACUAAUUAUUUCUAAGAUUAUUUAUAUAUACGGAAGCAUUUUCUACAAACACUACUUUAAAUGAAAUAUAAAAUGUAGCCUUACCGAUUGUUGUAACUAUAAUUGUAACAUGAAUAUUACAAUAAAUUAGAAGUCACUAUAAACUGCAAA